GGCUGUCAGACUGACAGUGUCAGUUUUAUCGCGUCAUAUGUCAACGUCACUGUCAUCAUUAUCUUUAUUUACAUUUUAAUUUUAUUGUAAAUUUUUUAUAUUUUUGUUUGCUAAUAGACUAAAUAAGUAUUAAUAAAAUGUCCAAAAAACGUCGCGAUAAAACGAGAGAAGACAUUGCAAAGCAAUUUGUGUUGCCCGAAAGGCAAUCCAAAAUAGACACUCUACUGAGGCAAGAUGGACAAGCUUAUUGCAUCUGUAGAUCCUCGGAUUCGUCACGGUUCAUGAUAGCCUGUGACGCUUGCGAGGAAUGGUACCACGGAGAUUGCAUUAAAAUCUCUGAAAAGGAUGCCAAACUAAUUCGCCAGUACUACUGUGUCCGAUGCCAAGAAGAAGAUCCCACUUUACAAACCAAAUGGAAAACCAAAAGGGAGAGAGAUGAUUCCACCUCCCAAGCGGCUGAGGAUAGAAAACUGAAAAAAAGAAAGGAAAAAUAUGAAGGGGAAAAGGAGAGGAAUAGAAGUAAAGGAGACAAGAAAACUAAGAAAUGUGGUGAAUGCAUGGGUUGCUAUAGGACUGAAGAUUGUGGAAGAUGUGAUGUUUGCACCAGGAAGGGCCACGGCAGCUCAAAGAUAAAAGAAAGAUGCAAGCAAAGGAUUUGUGUUAAUGCUUUAAGUGUUGGAGCGGCACGUCGAAAACGUAAAGAUUCGGCCUCGGAUCACGAGCAAACAUUUAAUGAACAUUUAAAAACUGACUAUCCGAGACAAUGUUACGGGCCGAAAUGUGUGAGAAGUGCCCGAUUCGGGUCCAAAUAUUGUUCAGAUCAGUGCGGCAUGAACUUGGCCAAAACGCGUAUUUUACAAGUGUUACCGCAGAGGUUGCAAGAGUGGAGUUUGAGUCCCACGGUUGCCGAAGAGAUGAACAUUAAGGCCUUGGAUCAGGUGAGGAAACAGCAAGUGGAGGUGAGGACCAUACUGCAAGAACUGGACAAGAGGCAUAAGGAAAUUGAUUAUUUGAUUAAUAGGGCUAAAAAUGUCUCUAUUGAUCCAAAGUGGGAAAAUGAUGUUGAAAAAGAUGAGGAAAGCUCUAUGUAUUGUGUGACUUGCGGACAUGAAAUCCACUCAAAAACUGCCAUAAAGCAUAUGGAAAAAUGCUUUAACAAGUAUGAAUCCCAAGCAUCUUUCGGCAGUGUCUUUAAAACUAGGAUAGAAGGCAACAACAUGUUUUGUGACUUUUUCAACCCGAUCAACAAAACGUAUUGCAAAAGACUACGGGUGUUAUGCCCGGAGCAUUGCAAAGACCCGAAGAUAUCGGAACAAGAGGUGUGCGGCUGCCCGUUGGUCACCAACGUGUUUUCGGUUACGGGGGAGUUUUGUAGGGCCCCAAAGAAGUCCUGCACCAAGCACUACGUGUGGGAGAAACUGCGUAGGGCCGAGGUCGAUUUGGAGCGCGUACGUCAAUGGUUAAAACUGGACGAACUGCUGGAAAAGGAGCGUCAAAUUCGAAGCGGGAUGGCGAGCAGGGCGGGCGUCUUAGCUCUCAUGUUGCACAGCACUUAUAACCACGAGCUGAUGGAGCGCAUCUCGAAGGCGCAAGAUCAACAGGCGGUCCAGAGGGAGAUGGAAAAAGCGAGGCAACGGAUGAAACAAAAAAAUUGUUGAUUUCCGGUUAUUUGUUUUUUUAUGAAAUAAACUUACUCUACUAUUACUGCAGAUUAACAAA